GGGGUUUCUUGCUGUGGGGUCGCGCUCCCAGGUGUUGCAGAGGGUUCUUGUGGCCAGCAGUGAAAAUUAGCGUCUGGGGUUAGUCUUGGGGCGGAGGUGGGGACAGGCGUUAGCGGGCCCCGCCGUCUUUGCUCUUGCUCGCCCAACUUUCUAACGCCGAAUACAAGCCCGGCCGGCGGUGUCGCGGGCGUGACGUCAUCGCGAGGCGUCGAGAGAGUCCAGCAGAGGAAGCCUUGACCUCUCUAAGCGUGGGGAGCUGCGCGACAAUGCUGCAGCUAGUCCGGGCCGGGGCGCGGGCCUGGCUUCGGCCCAAGGGCUGCCGGGGCCUGAAGGCGCUGGCAGAAGAGGCAGUGCAGCCGGCGGAGAAACCAGAACCGGUGGCGAGCGCGGGUCCCCGGGUGCCCGUGCUGCGCAGGUGCGAGCUCCCGGUACUCGGGCACCGGCGUCCCGUGCAGGCCUGGGUCGAGACCCUGCGGGGCUACGAGCAGGAGCGCUUGGGUCUGACCGAGCUGCACCCAGACGUUUUCUCCGCGACGCCCAGGCUGGAUAUCCUGCACCAGGUUGCCAUCUGGCAGAAGAACUUCAAGAGAAUUAGCUACGCCAAGACCAAGACCAGGGCCGAGGUGCGGGGCGGUGGCCGGAAGCCCUGGCCACAGAAAGGCAGUGGGCGCGCCCGGCAUGGCAGCAUCCGCUCCCCAAUCUGGCGAGGAGGAGGCAUUGCCCAUGGCCCCCGGGGCCCCACAAGCUACUACUACAUGUUGCCCAUGAAAGUGCGGGUGCAGGGCCUCAAGGUGGCACUGACCGUCAAGCUGGCCCAGGACGACCUGCACAUCGUGGACUCCCUGGAGCUGCCGACCGCAGACCCCCAGUACCUGAUCGAGCUGGCCCGCUACCGCCGCUGGGGCGACUCCGUCCUCCUUGUGGACUUAGAACAUGAGGACAUGCCCCAGAACAUUGUGGCAGCUGCCUCUGGGCUGAAGACCUUCAACCUAGUCCCUGCUAUUGGCCUGAACGUGCACAGCAUGCUCAAGCACCAGACCCUGGUCCUGACCCUGCCGACCGUCGCCUUCCUGGAGGAGAAGCUGCUCUGGCACAACUCGCGCUACACGCCCCUCUACCCCUUCCGCCUGCCCUACCGCGACUUCCCCUGAGCCCCACACUGCACCCCCAGGGCCCAUCGGCCACCCUCCUUCCUGCUCGCUGACCACACAGUGCGCCUGCUCCGAGCCAGGCCGAGCCCCUGGUGGGCUUGGGAGCCUCCCGCUCACCCUGCAAGGGCGGCCAGAACCCCUCAUCCCGGUGGGAAGCUGAGGCCACUCACAGCAGCCAAGCAGGCAUCACUACCGGGAAGGGGCCGCUGACUGGAGCUUGGGGCAGCUUCUGCCCCAAGUCUCUCUUUUGUGUAAGAUAAAUUUUACUUUUUAAUCAAAGAGGAGAAACAGAACAACAGCUCAUUGCCGUUUUGUGAAUAAUUCCAUUUGGCGAGUUAGGCUCUUUCCCCGGUGCAGGGCACCACCGGGUACCCGGCUGCCUCAAGGCACUGUUUAUAGAAAUGACCCACCAUCAACUUUUCUGGGGUGAGUCAGCCUCAGGGAGCACGCAGAGAACCAGCCGUUGCUAGGAACCCACUCGUGGUGCCUCCCAAUCCCAAGCACUCUCACCGAGCGCUUGCAUCCCUGACGGGGCUUGUGGUCCCAUUUAUUACGGUCCUUCAGUCCAAGUGUGGACCUGAUUCCCCAAGUGGGUGCAGUGUGGAAACCUGAGCUUUCAUCACAGUGAUUUUCCCUAAGCACAGAGUAUCAACGUGGUCAGUAAAUGGGUGAAUAAACAUUUUUUAAAAACACCAAACCGGGGCUUCCCUGGUGGCGCAGUGGUUGAGAAUCUGCCUGCCAAUGCAGGGGACACGGGUUCGAGCCCUGGUCUGGGAGGAUCCCAUAUGCCGCGGAGCGGCUGGGCCCGUGAGCCACAAUUGCUGAGCCUGCGCGUCUGGAGCCUGUGCUCCACAGCAAGAGAGGCCGCGGUGAUGAGAGUCCCGUGCACCGCGAUGAAGGGUGGCCCCCGCUUGCCGCAGCUGGAGAGAGCCCUCGCACAGAAACGAGGACCCAACACAGCCAAUAAAUAAAUUAAUUAAUUAAUUAAUUAAUUAAAUUAAAAAAAGCACUGCACUAGCCCAGGGGAAAG